AUGUGGCUUUAUUUUCACCCACUGCAGACGAGUGUUCCACUGAAAUGGCCUUCCUGCAAAGAUCCUUUAUUCUGGUCCAAGUGUGCUGAAGCUGUGGCCUGCACAACUGGAUUGCCUAGGAGAAUGGGUACGCUUUUUACCCUUUUUUAGUCCAGAAGCGAUGUAUAGAACUCUGUUUAAAUUUAGUGCUUGCAACAGACAACAGUAAGUCCCAAUUAACUUCAACUUAGAAAUAUACAUCUCGUGUUUAGUUUCCAUGUCAGAAGUGAAUAACGAUUUUUUCUAGAGAUAUUAAAACCAUCUCCGUUUGCAUUGAAUUUCUUUAUGACCUUGUGGUAAAUCUCUGACAGAGCACAAGAUUUCCUAUUGGCCAUUGUUAUUUGCUCAUUCACUGAGCCAGAUGUCAAUUUUUUUUUUCAGGGAAUGCCUGUAGACAUCAGGUAAACUCUUAUCUUCAAAAAUACAAGACACUGGAAGAGGCAGAAGAGGCAGAAGAGGACCUCCAAAUUAACUGUUUUAGGGGUGGAAUCCAAGAGUGCUCAUCUGAGGAGGCUUCCAGUCCGGUUGUCUCUUCGACUCCACAGUCCUUGCAGGAUAAAAACACCUCAUUCUCACCAGUAUUGGCAUUUUCCCCACAUAGCACAAAUAGUUCCGGAGAUGCUGGGGUACAGGUAUCACUGGGAGACUCGAUUGCCACAGUGGUAAAACUGCUUGCAAUGAUGAGUUCACGUAUGAGUCAGGGCUUAUUGCAAAGUCUCUUUUAUCAGUACAUGUUUAUGUAA